CUUGUCACGGAGCCUUUCGGACAAACAAUGUAAUUCAGUAAGAGAAAAUAGUAAGUUGUUAGUUAAAGAAGAAGGGAAGAGGCAACCGGCAACACCGAGGCGUCGCAACGGAGUAACUACGCAGGAUGGGCGAGCAGGCGGACACUGCGUUUAAAACCACUGGUUCCAAGUGGCUGCUGCCAGUCAGCGAAUACUUGGGCUUUCCUCUUGAUCAGGUGAACUUUUUGGCAUGCCAGUUGUUUGCCCUGGCUGCUGCCUUCUGGUUUCGUCUCUACCUCAGUCCGAGCCAUGCCAAUCCCCUGGUCAGACACGCUGUGGCCACUCUCCUUGGCAUUGCCUUUCUCAUCUUCUGCUUUGGAUGGUACUCAGUUCAUAUCCUGACAGUGGUGGUUGCAAGCUACCUGAUCAUUGUCAACACCGACAUCAAUAAUGUACACAGAUAUUCCAUGGUGACAGCUAUGGGCUAUCUGACAGUGUGCCAAGUGAGCCGAGUCUUCAUCUUUAACUAUGGCAUACUGUCCACUGACUUCUCUGGGCCUCUGAUGAUAGUAACUCAGAAGAUCACCACACUGGCUUUCCAGCUCCAUGACGGUAUGUGUAAGAAAUCUGAACAGCUGACUCCGGAGCAGAAGCUUCUGGCGAUAAAUGUGAGGCCUUCUCUCAUUGAAUACCUGAGUUACAAUCUGAACUUCCUGAGUGUCUUGGUGGGACCGUGCAGUGAUUAUAAGGACUACAUAGACUUCAUAGAGGGCAGACACAUUAGCCAGAGGCUCAGGCAGCGCUCUGGGACGUGUACUGGGCAGAAUGGCUAUGAUAAGACACCGGACCCGUCACCUUUGCCUGCUGUCUGUCAAAAGCUGCUGGUCUGCUGUGGCUGUAUGCUGUUCUUCCUCAUUGUGACUCGGUCCUUGCCAGUAACGCACAAUGUGGACCCCUACUUUGUCAGCCACGCCCCCUUCCUCAACAGGCUCAACUACGCUUUCUUCUCCAUACAAGCAGCGAGGCCCAAAUUCUACUUUGCCUGGACGCUAGCCGAUGCUGUGAACAACGCUGCAGGUUUUGGUUUCUUGGGGAUGGAUGAAAAUGGACAGCCAUCAUGGGAUCUCAUCUGUAACCUCAACAUCUUGGGGAUUGAGACUGCAACCAGCUUCAAGACAUUCAUAGACAACUGGAAUAUCAGAACAGGAAUUUGGCUCAAAACUGUGUGUUAUGACCGAGCCCCCAAGCACCGGUUGGCGUUGACUUUCAUCCUGUCUGCCCUGUGGCAUGGUGUUUAUCCAGGGUAUUAUUUUACCUUCAUCACAGCCAUCCCCAUCACCAUGGCAGCACGAGCAAUAAGGAAAUCUAUUCGCCACUACUUCCUGGGCUCCAGAGGCUUGAAGCUGAGUUACGACAUCUUAACUUGGGCAGCCACUCAGCUGGCCAUCUGCUACACUGUGAUGCCUUUUCUACUUCUUGCAGUAGAGCCCACUUUGGUUUAUUACAGGUCUAUGUACUUCCACGUGCACAUCAUCAGCAUUCUGGCUGCGAUCGCCCUGCAUCGGAAACACAAAACCAGGGACCCCUCUGCGACCACUAAAACGUUUUCCUCCGCCUCCUCCUUCUCGUCUUCGUGCUCAGCCCAGUGCCAGCCUGUUCACUCCAACAACAAUGACAAAGUAGACUGAAAAUCCCCUCUUCAUGUUCUUUUACCAGGCUCUCAGUCCAGGGUUCUCUCAAAGACAAGUGAACAUCCCUAAAGGGCAUUCAGCCAACUUCAAACGGGAAACCAGAGUGUUAUUUAUUUUUUGGGGACAUAAUGCAGGAUUUGAGCCUAUAUGGUGCUGGAUGUGCACAGGAAGAGCCGUUCUGCCAUAUUGCAAGAUUAAGACAAUGCAUUAAACAUAAGCUCAGCAGGCAGACUGAAAAGAGAAACAUUAGCUGAUGGGAAUAUCUCUGGUACCACCGUCAGCACCACCAGGACCCUAGCCUCCCUCCACUUUCCAUAGCCACUAUUCCCUACAUGCCCAUCUCAACACCAGCCUGCCUGCUCCAGCAACAAUGCAACAGUGUGAAGAGAGAAAGGAGGCUCACUUUUUAUCCCUGUCCUCUAUCUGCACUGUCCUGCCCCACGGUGGGAUGAAAGCCAGGACAGUGGGAGAACAGCUCAAACAAGGCACAAAUACCAGGACACACACACACACACACACACACACACAAACACACACACACACACAAAUACACAAAAACUCAUGCAUAAACAGACACUUGGAAACAAAUAUGCACAUACUCUCUCUUAGACACGCUCGUACUUGGCCACACUCUGAUGGCACACAAAGGCUGCCCUUGUGUGGCCACAACAAAAGAGCAUGCCAUGGGGAGAGAGAGCCCAUGUACCCGCUGCACCCACUUGCUGCCAGAGGUGUGGGUGUGUGUGUGUG